UUCCAAAUUUCUUGAGCUUUUAUUAAAAAAUUCAUCAAAAUCGGCUGAAACCUCGGGACUCUUUUUCAGACAUGAAAUUUCAUUCGAUCGCACUGUGCGACGGACCGGUCACGAAUCCAUGACGCUCUUCUCCUUGCCGAUCACGUUAUCCGCACGCAGGGCAUUCGUUAUUACGUCGGUGAAUAUAACAUUGAAUUUGCUGAGACAAACUGCCAAGAGAGGAUUUUCGGAAGCCUUAUCGAGACGGAAUUUUUCCUGACUGUGUGCGGAAGGGAAGUAAACACUCGCGAAGAUGCUCAAGUGCUUCACGAACUCGAAUCGCCGGCACGAUAGCCCGUCGUUUCCGUUCAAUGUAAGAAACGGGAGGAGGAAAAACGGAGGUAGCGGCAAAUUUCGCGUCGACCAGCAGGCCGAUCUAAGCCGUCACAAUGGAGGACGAGGACUUCGGUUUCACGAGGAGGACCGACAACGUCCUGAGGAAGGUGUGCACUGUUAGCGGCGGCGAGAAGGGCAAAGAUGAGCGACGGAUCUGUUCUGCACCUAAGACAUCGGAAGUCGUUGGCGGUGGUGGUGGAUCAACGACACCAGCGCCUCCGAUCGCGGCCGGAAGCGACGGCCGUGAACGCGCGUCAACCGCCGGCUCAGUCGUGGCCAACACGCCGAACAUACCGAACGUGGUGGAGUACCAUCUUAAAGUGAAGCCUAGGUCAACUGCGAGGCCCUGCCGGCACGACAACGUUCCCAGGGAACAGUCUCGUGAAGAAAUGAAGGAGGAAGAGAAGAAGAGUAUGAUGUCCGUCGUCGAUGAGAACAGAGAUCUCGCGUGGAAGCUGUCGCGAUUGUCCAUCGACAACGUCUACGAGGGUUCCACUGACCUGCCGCAGAUGUUUCAGGUGAGGUAUCUCGGCUCCCACGAUGCCAGAGGCCUCUGGGGCAUUAAGCACACGAGGAAACCCGUCGAUAACAUGGUCUCGGCCGCGAAGGCCUUGCCGACCAACACGAUGCUCCCUCUCAUCAAGCUGGUGGUCUCUCAGAGCGGAGUUACCUUGCUGCCGUUGGACAAGAGGAAGCAGGACUCGAGUUCGUCCAAGAGAUACCCGAUCGACACGAUCUCCUACGGGGUCCAGGAUCUCGUUUACACCAGGGUCUUCUCCAUGAUAGUCGUCCAAGAGACGGACAAUUGCCGGAGAAUCGCGCCGUUCGAGUGCCACGGUUUCGUUUGCGAGUCCAAGUAUCACGCGAGACAGCUGACGCACGCGCUCGCCACCGCCUUCGACAUUUACUCCAGGAUCGUGCGAAGCCAGGGCAAGCUGGCCGAGAUAGCCGGGAACGCCGCGAAGAGACGACUAGCGAUCGAUCUGAGGAGUCCCGAAGAGAUCGAGGCGGAUCUCACGACGGACUCUGAAGCGUAGCUAGGAAGUGUGUUCGUUAAACUGCUUCGUGCGUCGCGGAUACACUGAAACACUUGAUAAUUAACUCGUGAGAUAUAACGUUUACUUCUACGAAUGAACUUUGUAUCCCACAAAUGAAUUUUCAAGUAUUCCUUAAUCAGUAAAGACAUAAGUGUCUGACAAUGUUGGUCAUUAUUUGAUUAAAAUUUUCUUGGAAUAAAAUGAUCGAUAAAUUAA